AUGAAAGAGUCUUAAAUCUUUUUUACCCUAACUAAACAAGUAAAUUAUGGAGAGGCCCUCUAUUUAGUCUUCGAUUUCACCAAUUGGGAUUUAACAAAAGCUUUCCGAAUGGAAUGUUCAAAGGUAUUAUUAUAUUUCAUUUAUUAAUAGAAUGAUCAUUGGUCUAAAGUAAUUGAAAUCUCUGGUUCUUCUUUUGAAUACAAGUAUGUGAUUGGACCAUACGACAACUUAAUGCAGGGGGAAGUAGUGUGGGAGGAAGGGCCCAAUAGAUCCUCUGAAAACUUGAAGUUGUUGGAAAUGAGCUAGAGUAAAAUUUAAUUGGAUGAUGUUUGGGGAAAAAGAAGUUUGAUGUUCUUCUUACUUGACAAAAAAUAGAAAGGUAAAAGUAAAAAGAAUCACGAACAUGACAUUUUAUUAUUUGGAUAGGCGAAGGCCUUGAAUUCACCAGUUAGAUUUACCAAAUGUUAAUUAACUCAAAAUACAGAACUAUACUUUGUUAAUUUACAACUUGAACUUGAUGAGAUUAUCAAUUCCAAGGAAGUUCAAAUCUACAUGAAGGUCCAAUUAAAAAAAAGUACUCAUAAUAUCAAUUUUUAGGAUAUAUAGAAAUAAUCUCUAAAAGUAUUAAACUUAACUUCAGAAAUUCACCUGUAAAUAUAUGCCAAGAUAUCUUAUUAGACUCCAAGUAUUAUCUUCUCAAAUGA